AUGAAUGGCUUUGAGGAAGGCGUGGAGUUCCUGCCAGUCAACAAUGCCAAGAAAGUGGAGAAGCGGGGCCCGAAACGCUGGGUGGUGCUGGCAGCUAUAAUCACCAGCUUCUUCCUGUUAUCUGUUUUGACUGGUGUCCUGGUGUGGUACUUCCAGUAUUGGAAUGUGCGGGUCCAGAAGGUCUUCAAUGGCCACCUGAGGAUCAGAGAUGAGAGCUUUGUAGAUGCCUAUGAGAACUCCAACUCCACAGAGUUUGUACACCUGGCCAACAAGGUGAAAGAUGCGCUGAAGGUGUUAUACAGUGGAAUCCCGUCCCUGGGUCCGUACCACAAAGAGUCAGCAGUAACUGCCUUCAGCGAGGGCAGCGUCAUCGCCUAUUACUGGUCCGAAUUCAGCAUCCCACAGCACCUGGUGGGGGAGGCUGAACACGCCUUGGCGAAGGAACACAUGGUCACUCUGCCACCCCGUUCUCGAGCUGUCAGCUCCUUUGUGAUGACUUCUGUGGUAGCCUUCCCCACUGACCCCAGGGCAGUGCAGACGAACUGGGACAACAGCUGCAGCUUUGCCCUGCACACCCGAAGUGGGGAAUGGACUCGCUUCACCACGCCCGGCUUCCCGAACAGUCCAUACCCUGUACGAGCCCGUUGCCAGUGGGCCCUGAGAGGAGAUGCAGACUCCAUACUGAGUCUCACCUUCCGAAGCUUUGAUCUUGCGUCUUGCGACGAGCGGGGCAGUGACAUGGUUACUGUCUAUGACAGCCUGAGUCCCAUGGAGCCUCAUGCAGUGGUGCAGCUAUGUGGCACCUACCCUCCCUCCUACAACCUGACCUUCCUCUCCUCUCAGAACGUCUUGCUCGUCACUCUGAUCACCAAUACUGAGCGGCGACAUCCGGGCUUUGAAGCCGUGUUCUUCCAGCUGCCCAAGAUCAGCAGGUGUGGAGGUUACUUCCGUCAAACCCAAGGAACAUUUUACAGUCCCUAUUACCCAGGCCACUACCCACCCAAUAUUGACUGUACGUGGAACAUUGAGGUGCCCAACAACCAGUAUGUGAAGGUGCAGUUCAAAGUCUUCUACUUGGUGGAGCCCAACAUGCCACCAGCCACCUGCACCAAGGACUACGUGGAAGUCAACGGGGAGAAGUACUGUGGAGAGAAGUCCCAGUUCGUUGUCACCAGCAACAGCAGCAAGAUCACAGUCCGCUUCCACUCAGACCAUUCCUACACAGACACAGGCUUCCUGGCACAGUACCUCUCCUAUGACUCCAGUGACCCGUGCCCUGGCAUGUUUACCUGCAACACGGGACGGUGCAUCCAGAAUGCUCGGCGCUGUGACGGCUGGGCUGACUGUGCUGACUACAGUGACGAGCUCAACUGUGUAUGCAAUGCCACAUACCAGUUCAUGUGCAAAAACAAGUUUUGCAAGCCCCUCUUCUGGGUCUGCGACACUGUGAACGACUGUGGAGACAACAGUGAUGAGCUGGGGUGCCGUUGUCCAGCCCAGACUUUCAAAUGUGGCAAUGGGAAGUGCCUCCCACUGAGCCAGAAGUGUGACGGGAAGGACAACUGUGGGGAUGGAUCUGAUGAAGCCACGUGUGACAAAGUGAGCACCGUCACCUGCACCAAGCACACCUAUCGCUGCCGCAACGGGCUCUGUGUGAGCAAGGGCAACCCCGAGUGUGAUGGGAAGAAGGACUGCAGCGAUGGCUCAGAUGAAAAGGAUUGUGACUGUGGGCAGCGGUCGUUCAGCAGACAGUCGCGAGUUGUUGGGGGCCAGGAUGCGGAUGAAGGCGAGUGGCCCUGGCAGGUGAGCCUGCAUGCCCUGGGCCAGGGUCAUGUCUGUGGAGCCUCACUCAUCUCUACCAACUGGCUGGUCUCCGCAGCACACUGCCACGCUGACGACAGAGGGUUCAAGUACUCAGACCCUACCAUGUGGACUGCCUUCCUGGGACUGCAUGACCAGAGCAAACGCAGUGCCCCUGGGGUGCAGGAACACAAGCUGAAGCGUAUUAUCAGCCACCCCAACUUCAAUGACCUCACCUAUGACUACGACCUGGCCCUGUUGGAGCUGGAGAAGCCUGCUGAGUACAGCAAUGUGGUGCGACCUAUCUGCCUACCUGAUGCCACCCAUGUCUUCCCUACGGGCAAGGCCAUCUGGGUUACAGGCUGGGGACACACCGAGGAGGGAGGUUCUGCUGCACUGGUCCUGCAGAAGGGUGAGAUCCGUGUCAUCAAUCAGACCACCUGUGAAAGUCUGUUGCCGCAGCAGCUCACUGCCCGCAUGAUGUGUGUGGGCUACCUCAGUGGGGGCGUGGACUCCUGUCAGGGCGAUUCGGGGGGUCCCCUGUCCAGUGUGGAGGCAGAUGGACGCAUUUUCCAGGCCGGAAUUGUGAGCUGGGGUGAAGGCUGUGCACGGAGGGACAAGCCUGGCGUGUACACAAAGCUCUCGAUGUUUCGGGACUGGAUCAAAAACCAAACUGGGGUGUAG